AUGUCGCCAGCCAUCGAAGCGCUGACGGGGCGCAAACACACGCGACUGGACAGUCAGCAGACGGCACAGGAAGAUUCCGACUUUCCGCGAUUCGCGGAACCCAUUGCCAAUGUCACCGUCUCCGUGGGUCGAGAUGCCCUGAUGGCCUGCGUGGUGGAGAACCUCAAGGGUUACAAGGUGGCCUGGGUGCGAGUGGACACGCAGACGAUCCUCUCCAUUCACCAUAACGUCAUCUCACAGAACAGCCGCAUCAGCCUGACCUACAAUGACCAUCGAUCGUGGUAUUUGCACAUCAAGGAGGUGGAGGAGACGGAUCGCGGUUGGUACAUGUGCCAAGUAAACACGGAUCCCAUGCGCUCGAGGAAGGGCUACCUGCAGGUGGUGGUUCCACCCAUGAUUGUCGAGGGCCUGACCAGCAACGACAUGGUGGUGCGCGAGGGUCAGAAUGUCUCGCUGGUCUGCAAGGCACGUGGCUAUCCGGAGCCCUACGUCAUGUGGCGUCGCGAGGACGGCGAGGAGAUGCUAAUUGGCGGGGAGCACGUCAACGUGGUCGACGGCGAGCUGCUGCACAUCACCAAAGUGAGUCGCCUGCACAUGGCCGCAUAUCUGUGCGUCGCCUCCAACGGAGUCCCGCCUUCGAUUAGCAAGCGGGUCCACCUGCGUGUGCAAUUUCCGCCGAUGCUCUCGAUUCCGAAUCAGCUGGAGGGAGCCUAUCUGGGCCAAGAUGUCAUACUCGAGUGCCACACCGAGGCGUAUCCAGCUUCGAUUAACUACUGGACCACAGAGCGUGGUGACAUGAUCAUAUCGGACACCUCGAGGGCCGGCGAUAAAUACGAGACCACAUCAACCGUCAGCGGUUACACGAAAUACAUGAAGUUAAAAAUCCGUGCCGUUGGUCCCAACGAUUUCGGCACAUAUCGCUGUGUGGCAAAGAAUUCGCUGGGCGAAACAGAUGGAAAUAUAAAGCUGGAUGAAAUGCCGACCCCAACAACUGCCAUCAUUUCAGAGAUGUCCUUGCUCAACCGCAGCUAUGAUGGCAAGAGACGUCAUAGAAAUAAAUUUGACUCGGCUAACGCUCUGCCUGAUUAUGGGGUUGAGGAGUGGCGUGACGGUGCCCAAGGCAACCAUGCUGGGAACAAUGGCGAUAACAAUCAAACGCCCGUGCGUAAUCCGCCCGGAGCAUUUCACAAUUCUGCAGGCUCACUGGCGCAGCAUAAUCUACUUGCUAAAAUAAUGCUCGGCAUUAAAACGCAAUCAUUUGGGAUUUUCAAACGUUUAUCGAGCUCCUUGCCAUCGGCGGCGGCGCAGGGCUUUCUCUGGCUGUCGACGUUAUCGCCGGUCUCGCCAAGUCGGUGGCGUAUGAGUAAUAUGGAAGGCUGGCCGAAUUCACCGGAGACCGUUGUCAACAGCGAUGCCGCCGUUGGAAGCUGGAUUGAGGGGAGGAAGAGCAACAGCAACCAGAACAAUAUUACCAACAGCCCACCGAAGUGGGCGUGGCAAUUGCGCAUAUUUCACAUUGCUCAUACGCCGUGUGGCGCGUCAACGCGGCACUCGAAAUGCGAACGCCCAUGGCAAUCGCUGUGGAAGUGGAAGUGGCAACGUCAAUGGCAGUGCCAGUGGCCAAUGCUCAUUUGCAUAGUAAUAUUGGCUGCUGGAUGUUUUGUUCGGUGGCUGCUGCUGCAUUUUAUCGGCCGCCACAUCGGAACAUUUUCUAUUAGCGCGACGCAUAGGCAACAUUUAAUGUGCACAUUUUGGGACACGACCAGCCGUGGUGGUAAUAAGGUUGUCGCCAAAAAUACCACCUCCCAAAAAGCCAGGCCAAGCACCCUCGAAAUGUUGUGCCCUCGGAAGUUUUCAAGAUGAAAUCAAAUAAUUGCAAAGGGCGCAAAGAAACUCAUUUAGGGCACAAGCGGCUUGAAGAAUGGAAUGGAAAACCUUGGACAGAGGAG